AUGACAUUCGCAUAUCGAAACCAGCCUUGGAAAGCCCUAUAUCUCGCAACACGAACAGCAGUUCUUCUAUUCCAACUCCCGUUCUACGCCAUUAUAUAUAUAUAUCCCGGCGCCCGUCCACGUCGAACCUGGUCAAUUGGGCGCUCGCUCGUAAUAUUUGCUUUUCGCGCGUUCAUCGAUGUUCUAUACAACACAUCCCCUACUCUGAUUGGCAGUGUGCGCCCAGUAGAGCAGAUGACGCAGAAAGAAAUAGAAGAGGCAGUGGAGUAUGGCUUCGUUUGGGUUGACGGGGCGCCCGAGUUUGUCACUGGAGAAAUCAAGGAUGCUGCGCUUCUGAAUGAAGUAUCUCCAGCAAGGAUAUCUGGAUACUGGUAUGGAAAGCGUGAUCCAUAUGGGAAGGCUGGACAGAGAGCACUUCCAAAUGAAAAGGUUAUAUAUCACUUCCACGGUGGUGGAUUUUCAGGAACUGGUCACCCUUCCAAUAUUCCAGGCAAAACAAUGUUUGAAGGCUUGAUGCAGUUCAUUCCAGGAGAGCCAAGAGUAUUUGCUCUAGAAUACCGUCUGUCAUCUACCACCCCAUUCGCAAAAGCCAACCCUUUCCCUGCCGCCCUGCUAGACGCAAUCGCUGGGUACAGGUAUCUCAUACACGACAUUGGGUUUCUUCCAUCAAACAUCAUCAUCAGCGGUGAUUCUGCAGGCGGCCUGCUAGCCUUCUGGCUUGCUCAGUAUAUUUCAACAGCCAAGUAUCCCGACCUACCGAAUGCCGGGGGGCUUCUCCUGCUUUCUCCAACUGUAGACUGGGCCAACACACAAACGGGAUCAUCCUCUUCAAUGGUACAGAACAAAGAUACCGAUUUUGUUGACAAGGUACUUCGAAGUGGAUACCCUUGUCGAGCCCUCCUCGGCAAGAUCUCAGAGGACGAAGUAUACCAAAACGAGUGGAUAGCACCAGGGUCUAUCCAUCUUUGUCACAAACCGGGAAAACAUGCUAGGCUACCGAAAACCUGCAUCGUAGCAGGUGGUGCUGAGCAGACGCUCGACUCGAUGGUGACGCUGGCGAACCGACUCGCAUACGACAUGGGCCAUGAAAAGGUGACGUUUUUGGAGGCAAAAGAGGGCACACAUGAUUUCCUUCUGUUUCCGUUAUUUGAAUUUGAAAAAAUUGACACCUUGAAGAAAAUAAAAAAGUGGGCGGAGGAGCAGAUUUGGCCUACAGUCUAG